CAACUAAUGAGACAUGGCUCUGACAGACCUGAGCAAUGCAACAUCCUCCAACAAUACAUCCCCCAGCAGCAUGACAAACUUCAACAGUACAACUGAUUACUACAUCUCCUAUGAUAACCUAACUGAGAACCUAUUCCAACCCUGUGACAUUAACAAUGUAAAGGACUUCAGCCGAGUCUUCCUCCCUGCCCUGUACAGCAUUGUCUUCAUUGUGGGAUUAAUUGGCAAUGGCCUGGUGUUGUGUAUCCUGAUCAAGUACCACAAAAGGUCAAAUAUGACAGAUGUGUGCCUCUUCAACCUUGCACUUUCAGACCUCUUCUUUCUUAUAUCAUUGCCAUUCUGGGCCCACUAUGCCGCCAUCGCUGAUUGGAUCUUUGGGGACUUCAUGUGUCAUGUAGUGACAGCACUCUUCAUGCUAGGAUUCUAUGGAAGUAUCUUCUUUAUGAUCCUCAUGACCAUAGACCGUUACACUGUCAUUGUCCAUGCCAAUACUUCCCUUUUCUCCAAGCACCGGUCUGUCAGAGCUGUCAUAGUGCUGACUUUGUUUAUGUGGGCACUUAGCUUGGCAGCUUCUCUGCCAAUCAUCAUUUUCUCAAAAGUGAAAAAUGAAACAAGUGUAUCUAAAUGCAUGGUGAUAUAUCCAAUGGGGUCAGCAUGGAGGCCAUUCUCUUACAUUAAGCUGAACAUCCUCGGCUUGAUUAUUCCUCUCUCAGUGAUGGUGUUCUGCUACAUGCGCAUCAUCCCCAUCUUAAUGGCCAUGAAGUCUCAAAAGAAACACAAAGCUGUCAGGCUCAUCCUGGUCUUGAUCAUUGUUUUCUUCCUCUUCUGGACACCCUACAACAUCGUCAUCUUCCUGAAGUUUCUGCAUCAACUGCUGUACUUGCACACCUGUAAGUGGCAAAAGGACCUGCAGAUGGCUAUGAAAUGGGUGGAAAUUAUAGCGUUCAUUCACUGCUGCCUCAACCCCAUAAUCUAUGCCUUUGUGGGGCAGAAAUUCAGGAAUUUAGUUCUCAAGAUUCUGAAAGAGUGGUUUCCUUUGUGCUUUGGUCGGUGCACAACAAUCCGUGAGUUCUCAGAGAGGAGCUCUAUGUACACACGCUCCUCAGAGAUAUCCGCCACAAAGAUUAUGUAACCACAGGAUGCUGAUGCCAAAGGGGAUUUAUCAGAGGAAAUAAAAAAGCUGCAGAUUUGCAAAGUAAAGCACAGAAUUAUUCCUGCAGUGCUUUUGAUUCUCAAAAUAUGUUAUUGCUUUUAUUCACUUUUGCUUCUUUUUUCCUUUUUACUUUUUUUUUGGCUGUUUUUAAAGCAAUAUUGUUCCUGUAUUUUUAUUGUUAGUUAUGCACAGCUUAUGCAUAUUUUUACAUUUGCAGAUCAAUUUCAAACUAAUACUGCAUGGACUGCAUGUAGGAAAAAAACAAAAACAAACAACAAAAAACAGUAUAUGCAACAUCUUUACUGAGCAGCUGAAUUGUGUUUAAAAUGUGUAUAUA